GGGGGGGCAAGAGAUCCCGUCGCGUUUUGACCCUCCGAAACCUCCCCGCACUCCACCACCACCACUCCUCCUCCUCCUCCUCCUCCUUCUUCUUCUUCAUCUCCUACUCCCGAGACAGAAGACACCAUCGCUCCCUCCCCGGCCGUGACAUUUUGCAGCCCGUCGCCGUACGCAGCGCGGACAGCGAGCACGAGGAGCCAAAAAGAGGGAAAUCGACGCUGUCCGUCUGCACCGAGCAUCGCUUCCCCCCCCCCCUUACCCACCACACACACACCCCAUCCCUCCCGCACCCCGGCUCCCCGGCACCCCGACGCGCUGCGAGCCGCAGCGAGAGGCGCACCAGGCGGAGGCGAAGCGCUGCAGGAAACCGCUGCUCCUUCGCUGGACCCCGGAGCUCAGGACUACACCGGACACGGCCCCCCCAACCCCCCCCCCCGAGCGGGACUGGAUACUUGCGAGUCGGAAACAGAAGAAGGGAGCAGAGCUCGCUGGACUAGCCGAGCAGCACGUCAUCGUCUCCGGCGUAGGACUGGCUGUCGAGUCGCAUGGAGAAGAGGUAUGAAGAACUGGUGCACUACUCGGGGUCGGAGGGCAUGUCGCUGGGGGGGUACGGGGACGACGUCAGGCCGCUCCCCCCCCCACACUACGGACCCGCCAUCCCCGACUCCCUCAAACACCACAAGGACCAGAUCUACGGUCACCCACUGUUUCCACUACUGGCCUUAGUGUUUGAAAAGUGCGAGCUCGCCACCUGCUCCCCCCGAGACCCCGCCCCCCUGUCGGCCACCUCCCACCUGCCCGGCAUGACCAACCACAGCGACGUCUGCUCCUCCGAGUCCUUCAACGACGACAUCGCCGCGUUCGCCAAGCAGAUCAGAUCAGAGAAGCCGAUAUUUUCUUCCAAUCCCGAGCUCGACAACUUGAUGAUCCAGGCCAUACAGGUUCUUCGCUUUCAUUUACUGGAGCUGGAGAAGGUGCACGACCUCUGUGACAACUUCUGCCAUCGCUACAUCACCUGCCUGAAGGGCAAAAUGCCCACGGACCUCAUCCUGGAUGACCGGGAGGGCGGCUCCAAGUCCGACAUGGAGGACUUUGCCGGAUCCUGCACCAGUCUGUCGGAGCAGAACGCGUCAUGGUUACGGGAGCCGGAUGAAUGUGCCACUACUCCGCUGGGAACGCCGGGUACCUGCGGCCUGCCUUCACACAGCUCAUUGGACAACUGCAGCGACACAGGCGACGGCCUGGACGGAGGGGGGGCCUCCCCCAGCACGGGGGACGACGACGACUCCGACCGGGACCGCAGGAACAACAAGAAGAGGGGCAUCUUCCCCAAAGUGGCCACGAACAUCAUGCGAGCGUGGCUCUUCCAGCACCUAUCGCACCCGUACCCGUCCGAGGAGCAGAAGAAGCAGCUGUCCCUGGACACGGGGCUGACCAUCUUACAGGUCAACAACUGGUUCAUCAACGCCAGGAGGAGAAUAGUUCAGCCGAUGAUUGACCAGUCGAAUCGCUCAGGUCAGGGUGGCCCCUACAGCCCGGAGGGGGCGGCUCUCGGGGGCUACGGCCUCGACGGACAGGCUCACCUGGGGCUCCGAGCAGGUCUCCAGGGGAUGUCCUCCCUGCAGGGCGACUACCCCGGCGCUCUGCUCUCCCAGCCGGGCUACCCUCACCACCCGGGCCCCUCCCUCCACCCGUACCCGGGCCCGCACCCCCACCCGGCCAUGCUGCUCCACCCGCCGCCACACGCGCACCCCGCAGAGCCGCUCCUCGCCCAGGGACUGGACAUACACGCACACUAGGGUGGGG